AUGGAGUACAGCACUCCCAAACCACAGCUCUCAUCCCGGGCCAAUGCAUUCUCCAUCGCUGCCCUCAUUUCAACUGGAAACUCCAAAGAGAAGGAAAUCCAGGAAAACACCAUUAAACCCCUCGAGCAGUUUGUAGAGAAAUCCUCUUGCUCUCAGCCUUUGGGUGACCUGAGCAGCCUCGAACUCGGUGAUUACAGCGGCAGUGCAUCCCCAGUCUGUACCGAGCCUCUGAUCCCCACCACUCCGACCGUCCCCAGCGCCGAAAUGGCCAAGAUCAGCUGUAGCCUGGAAACCAAAGAGUUAUGGGACAAAUUUCAUGAACUGGGUACUGAGAUGAUCAUCACUAAAUCGGGCAGGAGAAUGUUCCCCACUAUCCGAGUCUCGCUGUCUGGGGUGGAUCCUGAAGCCAAGUACAUUGUGCUGAUGGACAUUGUGUCAGUGGACAAUAAAAGAUAUCGUUACGCCUAUCAUCGCUCCUCCUGGCUGGUUGCUGGGAAAGCAGACCCGCCGCUUCCCGCAAGGUUAUAUGUGCACCCUGACUGUCCAUUCACCGGGGAACAGCUUCUCAAACAAAUGGUCUCCUUUGAGAAAGUGAAGCUCACCAACAAUGAACUGGACCAACAUGGCCACAUCAUUCUAAACUCCAUGCAUAAGUACCAGCCCCGAGUUCACAUCAUUAAAAAGAAAGAUCACACCGCUUCUCUGGUCAACCUCAAAUCCGAAGAAUUCCGCACCUUCAUUUUCCCAGAGACGGUUUUUACAGCAGUCACCGCUUACCAGAACCAGCUGAUCACCAAAUUAAAAAUCGACAGUAAUCCUUUCGCUAAAGGAUUCCGGGAUUCCUCCCGCCUGACUGACAUGGAGAGCAGAGAAAGUGUGGAGAAUUUAAUCCAGAAACACACCUACGCUCGCUCACCAAUCCGGACAUAUGGAGGAGAAGAUGAUGGUCUGGGAGAUGAGAGCCAAGCCUCACAGACCAGAGGAUCAGCAUUUACAACUUCAGAUAAUUUAACCCUCAGCACCUGGGUGGCAUCCUCCUCCAACUUCUCGGGUUUCCAGCACCCUCAGUCCCUCACUGCAAUUUCUACAAGCACGGCCUCAUUAGCUGCACCCAUUCCCCACCCUAUCCAGGGCUCACUCCCGCCAUAUAGCCGCAUUGGAAUGCCUCUGACACCGUCAGCCAUUGCAAGCUCUAUGCAAGGAAGUGGGCCAACGUUUCCUACGUUUCACAUGCCCAGGUAUCACCACUAUUUCCAGCAAGGGCCAUAUGCUGCUAUCCAGGGACUGCGACACUCCUCAGCUGUAAUGACUCACUUUGUAUGAUUGACUCAAUAAUGGUGCAUUUUCACACAAAGGAAGCUGGCACUUGUGAAGGAUGCACAGAAGCCGUACAACGAAAACAUAGAGGCACAGAUGAAGCAACAGCUCCUGCAGGGCAAUGCCAAACAAACUAUAUGUUUCUGAGGGCAUUGUGGUAACUGGACUAUCCCAGGGUGCAUUGCAACAAAAUUUGACUACAACCUCCAGAGUGCAUUGCAGCAACUGGACUACAAUUCCCAUGCUACACUGUUACCAUUUGAGCCUCAGCAGCUGAAAUGUAUUACAAUCCCAUGGUGAAGAAGGCCAUUUGACCAGGAUACAGGUCCUAGGAGAAAGUGAGGACUGCAGAUGCUGGAGAUCAGAGCUUAAAAAUGUGUUGCUGGAAAAGC